UUGGGGUUUUCUGAAACAGAAUUGAAGCUUCAUGAAUAAUGAUGGCUGGGAGUAGAAGCAUCUGCAUUUGAGAAAACGUACUGAUAAAUCCCAGCUUUGACAUACUCCUCUAUAAUUGUUCCAUUACUAUGAACUUGUGAAGAAUUAUACAAAUACAUCUCCAGGUAUGUAUAUAUAGAGCAAGCUUGACAUUUUCCAUUUUUUACUUGUUUCAACUUCUCUGCGUAUAUUAUGGAUUACUUUCUUUCAGUAAGAAAAUUACAUUCUGAUCAGAGAUCAAUGCAAGCCUUUAGAACCCUUUUUGUGUGCUACUUCUUUUUCUCCUCCGUAAAAACCCCAUUUACAACUGCACUAGAUGCUAUCACUCCAAGUCAAUAUAUUAGAGAUGGUGAAACUCUAGUUUCUGCUGAUGGAAACUUUGAACUGGGAUUCUUUGGUAAGUCGAAAGGCCAAUACUUGGGAAUAUGGUACACUUUCUCUACUGACAUAGUUGUGUGGGUAGCCAACAGAGAAACACCGGUUAAUGAUUCUUCAGGAGUCUUAAAGCUCACUGAUCAGGGAGUUUUAGUCCUUCUCAAUAGCUCAAAUGGCACUGUAUGGUCAACCAAUUCAUCAAGAACUGCAGGAAAUCCAGUCUUGCAACUCUUGGAUUCGGGAAAUCUUGUUGUGAAAGAUGGAAAUGAUACUAGCCCUGAUUACUUUCUUUGGCAGAGUUUUGAUUAUCCUUGUGACACACAACUACCAGGAAUGAAACUUGGCCGGAACUUAGUUAAUGGUUUAGACAGGUAUCUCUCGUCCUGGAGGAGCACAGAUGAUCCUGCUCAAGGAGAGUUUUCACUACGGAUGGAUCCUCGUGGUUUACCUCAAUUUUUUGAAGUUCAGGGAGCUAAGAUACUGACUAGAGCAGGAUCAUGGAACGGCCUUCAAUUGACUGGAUAUCAAAGGAGGCCAAAUCCAAUAUCUGAGUUUUUAUUUGUGUUGAAUGAGACAGAAAUCUAUUAUGAGUACACACUCCUCAACCGGUCUACGUUCUCUAGAUAUGUAAUGAAUCCAUAUGGCACUACACAGUGGUUAACAUGGAUAGACUACACAAAUAGUUGGGAGCCUUUCUUUGCAAGCCAAGCAGAUCAGUGUGAAAUUUACGCUUUUUGUGGGGCUAAUGCUAAUUGUAAUGUCAAUGAAGCCCCCAUGUGUGCAUGCUUGAAAGGAUUUGUACCUAAAUCUCCACAAAAGUGGAACUCUUCACAUUGGUCUGAUGGAUGUGUUCGAAGGACUCCAUUAGUUUGCAGUGAUAGAGAUGACUUCUUAAUAUAUAGUAGAUUUAAAUUGCCAGACACAUCUUCUUCCUGGUAUGACAAGAGCAUGAGCCUCAAGGAAUGCAAGGAAUUGUGUUUGAGAAACUGCUCGUGUACGGCUUAUGCAAAUUUAGAUGUCAGGGAAGGAGGAAGUGGCUGCUUGCUUUGGUUUGGAAACCUCACUGACAUAAGAGAAUUUACCUCUGAUUCUCAAGACCUCUAUAUACGAAUAGCUUCUUCAGACACAGAUGCUAUUGGGAAGAAGAGCAAGUCCAACAAGAGUAGGCAAGCUGGAAUUGUAAUCAGCUCUGCUCUUCUUGUAGUGGGAAUGCUAAUACUUGGAUUCUUCUUGUAUAAACGGAACAAGAAACUCAGAAAUCAAGAUGUUAGAAGAUUGCUGGAUUGCCAAAUGGAUGACUGUGAAGAAGGAAGGGAAGACAUGGAGUUACCGCUAUUUGACUUUACCACUGUAGCUGAUGCCACUGAAAACUUUUCAAGCAACAACAAACUGGGACAAGGCGGUUUUGGACCUGUGUACAAGGGUACAUUGAUAGGAGGGAAAGAAAUAGCUGUAAAGAGGCGAUCCAAGGAAUCUGGUCAAGGAAUGAGGGAGUUCAAAAAUGAAGUUCUACUGAUAGCCAAACUUCAGCACCGUAAUCUUGUAAAGCUUCUGGGCUGUUGCAUUCAAAAUGAUGAAAAAAUGUUAAUAUAUGAAUACAUGUCCAACAGGAGCUUGGACUUCUUUAUAUUUGAUCAGGAAAGACAGAAAUCGCUCGACUGGCCUUCCUGCUACAACAUUAUUGACGGAACUGCACGAGGGCUUCUCUAUCUUCACCAAGACUCGAGAUUAAGAAUUAUUCACAGAGAUCUGAAACCUAGUAAUAUUUUGCUAGAUGAAAACAUGAACCCAAGGAUUUCAGAUUUUGGCCUGGCUAAAACAUUUAGCUUUGAUCAAAGUCAAGCCAAUACGAAUAAAGUGGCUGGAACAUAUGGUUAUAUGGCGCCUGAAUAUGCAGUAGAUGGAAUUUUCUCGACGAAAUCAGAUGUAUUUAGCUUUGGAGUUGUGCUGAUUGAGUUAUUGAGUAGGGAGAAGAACAGGGGAUUUUGUCAUCCAGAUCACGAUUUUAAUCUUCUUGGACAUGCAUGGACACUAUGGACUCAAAAUGUACCACUGGAACUCAUCGAGAAGACAUUAUGUGAUCCGGAUACCAUAUCCGAAGUUUUAAGGUGUCUUCAUGUGGGUCUGUUAUGUGUGCAGCAAGUACCUGAAGAUAGACCAAGCAUGUCAUCUGUGGUACUAAUGUUGGGCAGUCAUGAUGUUGUGCUGCCUUUGCCAAAGCAGCCUGGUUUUUACACUGAACGGACUCUUCCCGAAUCAUCAUCAAGGUCACGUGACCUGUGUUCACCCAGUAACUUCAGCACUACAUUGUUAGAGGCUCGGUAGAUCAUCAAGUGCUUGUUAAUCCACCGGAAUGGCAUGACAUGACAUCGAAGAUUCAUAUUAUGUAACGAAAAGUACAUUGCUCUUGACUUGAACCUCGUAGGCUUAUCGAAGAACAAUGGCAUAGAUGAGGCUGUUGGUUUGUCAUAGAUAGAUAACUUAGCUCUUAUUAAUUUUGGACCGACUAGUAACUUAGUUACUACCAUUAACCAACAAGAUAGUGACACGUCGC